AUGGCUGAACUUCUCCUAGGGGAGUCAAAGUUGGAGCAGCACUUGAAGGAGAAGCCCCUACGGCAGGGAGCCAGUCCCCGGGGCCCCAGACCGCAGCUGACUGAAGUGCGCAAGCAUCUGACCGCUGCCCUGGAUCGAGGGAACCUCAAGUCAGAAUUCCUACAAGAAUCCAAUCUGAUCAUGGCCAAGCUUAAUUAUGUGGAAGGAGAUUAUAAGGAAGCCCUGAACAUCUAUGCCCGGGUGGGCCUUGAUGACUUGCCACUGACAGCCGUGCCCCCCUACAGGUUGCGGAUGAUUGCUGAAGCCUAUGCUACCAAAGGACUUUGUUUAGAGAAGCUGCCUAUUUCAUCCUCUACCAGUGAUCUCCAUGUGGACCGGGAGCAGGAUGUCAUCACGUGUUAUGAGAAAGCUGGGGACAUUGCACUCUUGUACCUCCAGGAGAUAGAAAGGGUAAUACUAACUAAUAUUCAGAACAGAAGCCCUAAGCCUGGCCCUGCUCCCCACGAUCAAGAACUAGGCUUUUUCCUAGAAACAGGACUUCAGAGAGCCCAUGUCCUCUAUUUCAAAAAUGGGAACUUGACAAGAGGAGUCGGGAGAUUUAGGGAGCUUCUCCGAGCAGUGGAGACGAGAACAACACAGAACCUGCGAAUGACAAUAGCCAGGCAGUUGGCAGAAAUCUUGUUACGGGGCAUGUGUGAGCAGAGCUACUGGAACCCUCUAGAAGAUCCUCCCUGCCAGUCACCUCUGGAUGACCCUCUCCGGAAAGGAGCAAACACCAAAACCUACACACUCCCUCGCAGAGCCCGUGUCUACUCAGGAGAGAACAUUUUUUGUCCUCAAGAAAAUACUGAAGAGGCGCUGCUGUUGCUGCUCAUUAGUGAGUCUAUGGCCAACAGAGAUGCCGUGCUAAGCAGGAUCCCCGAACACAAGAGCGACCGCCUCAUCAGCCUGCAAAGCGCAUCUGUGGUCUAUGAUUUACUGACCAUUGCUCUUGGAAGAAGAGGCCAGUAUGAGAUGCUUUCGGAGUGCUUAGAAAGAGCCAUGAAGUUUGCUUUUGAGGAGUUCCACCUCUGGUACCAAUUUGCUCUGUCGCUGAUGGCUGCUGGAAAGUCUGCCCGUGCUGUGAAGGUGCUGAAGGAAUGUAUCCGGCUAAAGCCGGAUGAUGCCACCAUCCCGCUUCUGGCAGCCAAGCUGUGUGUGGGUUCCCUUCACUGGUUGGAAGAAGCUGAGAAGUUUGCCAAAACUGUUGUUGAUGUGGGAGAGAAAACGUCAGAAUUCAAGGCCAAAGGCUACCUAGCUCUGGGACUCACAUAUAGCCUGCAAGCCACGGAUGCUUCUUUGCGAGGGAUGCAGGAGGUCCUGCAGAGGAAGGCGCUUCUUGCAUUUCAGAGGGCCCAUAGCCUGUCACCUACAGAUCACCAAGCAGCAUUCUACCUGGCUCUGCAGCUCGCCAUCUCCAGACAGAUACCAGAAGCUCUAGGAUACGUCCGCCAAGCUCUUCAGCUCCAAGGUGACGAUGCCAACUCCCUGCACCUCCUUGCUCUCCUGCUGUCAGCCCAGAAGCACUACCAUGACGCUCUCAACAUCAUCGACAUGGCCCUGAGCGAGUACCCAGAAAAUUUUAUACUACUGUUUUCCAAAGUGAAGUUGGAGUCGCUCUGCCGGGGCCCGGACGAGGCACUGCUCACCUGUAAGCACAUGCUACAAAUAUGGAAAUCCUGCUACAACCUUACUAACCCCAGUGACUCUGGACGUGGGAGCAGCCUCUUAGAUAGAACCAUCGCUGACAGAAGACAGCUUAAUACAAUCACUUUGCCAGACUUCAGUGAUCCUGAGACAGGCAACUCUCCAGAAGCACACUUUCAUGGUUUUCCCUCCCUCUUUUCAGUUAGCUCCGUCCAUGCCACAUCAGUAGCAGCUUCACGAGUGGAGCAAGCCCUGUCAGAAGUGGCCUCAUCUCUGCAGAGCAGUGCCCCCAAGCAGGGUCCGCUGCAUCCCUGGAUGACACUGGCACAGAUCUGGCUCCAUGCAGCUGAGGUCUACAUUGGCAUUGGAAAGCCUGCUGAAGCCACAGCCUGUACCCAAGAAGCUGCCAACCUCUUCCCAAUGUCCCACAAUGUCCUAUACAUGCGGGGCCAGGUUGCUGAGCUUCGAGGAAACUUUGAUGAGGCCCGGCGGUGGUAUGAAGAAGCCUUAUCCAUCAGUCCUACUCAUGUGAAGAGCAUGCAGCGACUGGCCCUGGUCCUUCACCAGCUGGGCCGCUACAGUCUAGCCGAGAAGAUCCUCCGAGAUGCAGUUCAGGUGAACUCGACAGCCCACGAGGUCUGGAAUGGGCUUGGCGAGGUCCUCCAAGCUCAGGGCAACGACGCGGCAGCCACAGAGUGCUUCCUGACGGCCCUGGAGCUGGAGGCCAGCAGCCCUGCUGUGCCCUUCACCGUCAUCCCCCGAGUGCUCUGAGGGGCCACCUGCCUCCCCCUGCCGCGCAGGCCCAGUGUGCUCUGAGGGGCCACCCGCCUCGCCCGCUGCGCAGGCCCAGGGUGCUCUGUGUGGACACCAGGGGUCAUCCUGUCACCAGUGAACAGAUCUGCAGUACUGAGGCCCUGGCAGGAGCUCUGCCCACAGUGGAUUAACCACGCCAACCCUGAAUCAUCGCUCUCCCCUCCUGCAUUCAUCCACUCUUGUUUUUGCCAGAUCCACGAUCAUUUUCUGAAUCUACUCAUGUUGUUCCAAAUGGAUUAUGUGCCAUAUUCAGUUAGUUGACACCUGGGUUUUAAGUGAAAUGAUUACGGACUUAAUCAGAGAAUGUAGAAUAUAUUCCAGGUUAAAAUUCAGUGGCAGAACAGAUUAUUUUUAUCAGCGCUCUAAUGAAAGCAACUGCCCUGUCCUCUGCGGCCCUUCCACCUCUCCUGCCCCUCCCUUGGCCCAAAACCAAAUGUGAAUUUUCUGUUUCCCACCUCAGUACUCGUCCAUGCCAGGACACCAGCUGACAACUUCUCAGUUUUAUUGUCAACAGUUGUACCAUGUGGUGAAUUACUGUUCUCCUACUUAGAACAAAGCCCGAGUCUAAGAGUAUUUAUAUUUUACCGAUAUAUGGCUGUUACAAGAGAAGGAAAUAUGAGUUAUUUAAGUUUAACUUUUUUAUGUGAAUUCAGAGUUUAUUUAUCGAUGGAAAUAUGUACAAAGAAGCUUCAAAUGGAAUAUUUACCGACAUUCCUUAUACAUGACAGGCACUUGGCUAAACAGGAAGAUGAUGUUAAUAAAAAAAAAAAUGAUUUUUAAAUGGA